AUGCGCCAGGUCAAGUUCUCCAUCCGCUCCUGGUUCGGCAACUGGGUCUUGGUCCGGCUGUACAACUUCCAUAUCUGCGUCGCUAACGGGUCGUUCUUCUGCAGCUCCUCGGUGGUUUCCAGCGCGGUGCCAUCUCUCCAGUCCGAGAAUACCGACUCGCGGAGAAACCCCCCCGCGAGCGACGUUGUCCGGCAACUUCCGCUCCAGCUUGCCGGUGGGCGGAUGGGUGGACGACGGGGACCAAAAUGGAGGCGGCCUUCCGGCGGUGCCUCUCUGUCUCUGCCUUGUGCGAAGCCUCUUCUCUCGACUGGCAGCGGCCGCUGCCGUCACUUCACAACGCAACGCAAACGCAGUUCCCGGUGGGUAAUCGCCCAGGAAUUUCGACUGGUGGGCAGGAGAAGGGCCGGGCGAGCUGAGGAUCGGAACAGUGGGUGUCCAGGAGCAGCGUCCGAGUCCGCUGGAGGAGGAUGGAAAGACGGAGGCACGGAAGAAGUCCCGGCAGGGCCGUGGGCGAAGGGACCUGGGCUUGUGUAUCUCGCCAGCCUGCGAGGUCAAACGCUGAAUUGGGUCUCGUCUGUCCCGGUCUCCCUGGCUCUGAUGCUGAUUCUGCGUUCUUUCGGUUUGUCUGGCUGGUCUGGCGGAUCAGGGCUGGCUGGUCUCGUCCGUCUCUGA